AUGUUUUCGGUCUGUCAGUUUGAAGGCUGCCUCUUUUUUUGUCCGCUUGUCGGCCUUUCCAGGCUUCUCUUCGGCCACGUGAAGAGGAUCAUGUUGCACAUGAGUUUUGAGUCCAGCUGUUGUUUCUCAGACGGCCGUACUGCAUCCUCGCCUGCAUACCCCUUUAGGCCAAAUGGUACAACACAUUUCGAUGUCAUACACUUUUCCUCCUUUUCCCCAUCCACAAUGUCCUACCUCCAACACCCUCCCCUCCGCCCACCCCCUACCUCUGCCUCCACGAGUAUGCAAAGUAUGUCCUGUCUUCUCUCCUCUGGCCUCAUCGACACUAGUCCUCAUACUUUGCGUCUGUCUGUGUGUCUUGCACGAGACAUUUUACAUCUCAAUAGGUGA